GAAAUUGAUGUUCAAAACCCAGACCCAUCAACAGUCGAAGCAGUUGGCCGUCAUUUGGUCAAUGACACAGAUGCAGCCAAAUUUGAUUCAUUGCAAUUACAAGGUGGUGAUAUAAGUCGUGAAGUUUAUAACUGGCAAAGAGAGCAUUCUCAAGAACCGAGAAUGAGAAGAAGAUCACAAUCGUUUUCAGGCUCAAUUUCUGGCUCACUAUUGGAUCCUGAUUUCCAAGUUCAUGAUAUUAGAGUUCCUGGUGGGUUUAGAAGAAGUUUCUUGGUUCAAAAAGCCACAAAGCAAAAAAUCAAUGGAAGACCUCAAACUCCAACUUUCUUUACUAGAAACUUUAUUGAAUUUUUAACAUUAUAUGGUCAUUUCGCAGGUGAAGAAUUGAGGGAUGAAGAUGAUGAAGACGAAGAUGAAGAAGAAGAAGGUGAAGAAGCUGUUGAUGAGGAAAGUUUAUUGCUGGAAGCUGAUAGACAGAGAAAGCAUGAACCUCAUAAAGCUACAACCACCAAGGCAAUUCUUUUAUUACUCAAAGCUUUUAUUGGUACAGGUGUGUUAUUCUUACCAAGAGGCUAUCACAAUGCUGGUUGGUUAUUCUCCUCGUCAGCUUUGAUAUUCUUUUCCAUAUUGUCUUAUUGGUGUUUCAUGUCAUUGAUUAAUGUCAAAAUCAAGCUAAAUAUUAAUAGUUAUGGUGAUAUUGGUGGGAAACUGUUUGGUCCAUAUAUGAGAUAUUCAAUCUUGUCAUCAAUUGUUCUUUCACAAAUUGGGUUUGCAGCUGCUUAUAUUGUCUUUACCGCGACUAAUUUACAAGCUUUCUUCAUCUCAAUUGCAUCAAAACAUUAUUCGAUUGAAUUUUUCAUUUUUGUUCAACUAUUAGUAUUUAUCCCAUUGUCUCUCACAAGAAAAAUUGCCAAGUUGUCAGGUACUGCUUUAAUUGCUGAUUUGUUUAUAUUGUUAGGAUUGGUGUAUGUUUAUUACUAUUGCAGUUUUGUUGUCAUCACAGAAGGUGUUGGCUCCAUCAAACCUUUCAAUAAAGAUUGGACAGUUUUCAUCGGUACUGCAAUUUUCACAUAUGAAGGUAUUGGAUUAUUGAUUCCAAUUCAAGAAUCAAUGCAAAAACCAUCACAAUUUCCAAAAAUAUUAGGAUGGGUUAUGUUAACAGUUACUUUUGUUUUCGUUUCUGCUGGUGGUAUUGGUUAUUUAGCAUUUGGUAGUGAUACUGAAACUGUUAUAUUGCUAAAUUUCCCUCAAGAUAGUUUAUAUGUUAGCAUUGUUCAAUUCUUAUAUGCAAUGGCUAUUUUAUUAUCAACACCUCUACAAUUAUUUCCAGCAAUUAGAAUCUUAGAAAAUGGAAUAUUUGUUAAAUCAGGUAAAUAUGAUAAUAAAGUUAAAUGGCACAAAAAUUAUUUCAGAGUCGGGGUUGUGCUCUCAACUGCAUUCAUUGCAUGGGGUGGUGCUAGUGAUUUAGAUAGAUUUGUUGCAAUUGUUGGUAGUUUUGCAUGUAUCCCAUUGAUUUAUGUUUAUCCUCCAUUGCUACAUUACAAACUAUCUGCAAAUACUUUCUGGUCUAAAGCUGCAGAUAUUGCUGUUACUGCACUAGGGUUCUCAAUGAUGAUUUAUACUUCAGGUCAAACUAUUUUAGAUUGG